GAAUGUCAGUUGUCAAAAGUCAGCUGAGAGUAGGUGCUUUCGUGCUUGUCCUAAAACUUUGUAAAUGUAAAUAUUAAUUUAAAAACACAGCCACAGAGUGUACAUUAUUCAUUGGUUGUAUAUUCGAGAUGUGGAAGUGAUGUUGUUUAGAGUGUGCAUUUGAUGCAACGAUCGGACGGAUGGAAAAUCAUUUUUUGAUACAAAGUGGCAGGCAUGAUGCUGGUGCGUAUGAACAUGAAGACAGUGCUGGGCGCUCUCUGCGUCGCAGUACUGCUCUUCACUCUAUUCUGGGGACACUGUGGUGAUUUCUCUAGAAGACCUUUAGGUUCAGUUCUGUCUGAGCAUGGUCACGGUGCAGAUGACAUUGAAUGCAUAAUUAACGGAGAGUAUUCAGUGUCAUGUCGGCGGGAUCGCGAGAGAGACGACGUAUAUGUGCCUUUCUCACUUGUACAUAAGUAUUUUGAGAUAUACGGUAAGAUAACUACAACGGACGGCGUUGAAAAAUUCGAAUGGUCGCAUAGUUACGGCAAGAUAUACCAUCCUAAGAAGAAAUACGACCCGCGCGGCACAUUCACCACGUUUGAGAACUACAACGUUGAAGUACGUGACAGAGUGAAAUGCAUCAGCGGGAUCGAAGGAGUGCCGAUCUCUACUCAAUGGGACCCCAAGGGUUUCUUUUACCCCACCCAAAUAGCCCAGUUCGGUCUGGCCCACUACAGUAAGUUCCUGACCGAAGCCGAACCGAGACGGAGGAUCAUCGAUGAUGGCGAGAAACAUAUAGAGAAUUGGAUCGUCAGCAAAGAUGCCUUUAUGGUCAGGGAGUAUGACUCAGAAUCACAAACAAAUAUUCUAAGGUUUUCUACGUCAGACCACGUGUCGAGUCAAGUGUGGCUGAAAGUGAACAUUAGUCAGGAUUUCGUGCUGAGUGCCGAUGUGAUGAUGAAGCCCAACUCCUCGAUGACAGUUGUACUGCAGAAUAAGGAAAAGAAGGAAACCGUUUAUCUCCACUAUGUUGCGAGUACACAGCUUAUUUAUGCUCAAGAUGAUCACAUUUACUACGGCAUCGGCGUGGAACAGAAAUGGAGGAAGAUAACGAGAGAUCUCAUAAUCGACAUGCAGAAGGGUUGGAUCUUACAGGAUAGACCCAAACGGAGGUCUCCUAGGAAUAAAUUUAAGAUAUCAAGUGUAAUACUGAGCGGCACGGGCGGGCUGGACAACGUGACGGUGUCGUCCAGCGAGCACAUGGCGCAGUUCUACGCGGCGGCGAGCUGGCUGGUGCGGGCGCAGCGCGGGCGCGGCGGCUGGCCCGUGCCGGCGCGCCGCCGGGUGGCCGCCGGGGUCGCCGACCUCGCGCCCGGAUGGUACUCCGCGAUGAGCCAGGGCCACGCCAUCUCGGUGCUGGCGCGCGCGUACUCCCGCAGCGGUGACGUCACGUACCUGCAGGCCGCCCGCCGCGCGCUCUACGUGCUGGACGUGCCGAGCCACGCCGGUGGGGUCAAGGCCCUGUGGAUGGACAAGUUUGUUUGGUACGAAGAAUACCCAACGAAGCCUCCGCUUUUCGUUCUAAACGGCUUCAUCUACACGCUCCUCGGUCUCUACGACCUGCACGUCAUUGAAGGUGAGAACUCCAUGUCUCUAGCCAAGAAGAUGUUUGACGACGGAAUGACGUCACUCAAAACUCUAUUACCACUGUUCGACACCGGCAGCGGAAGCUUCUACGACCUGAGGCAUUUCACGUUGGGAGUCAGCCCCAAUAUAGCCAGGUGGGACUACCACGCCACCCACGUUAACCAGCUUUACCUUUUAGCUGGAUUGGACGAUGAUCCUAUACUACUGAACACGGCCAAAAGAUGGGAGGGAUACAUGCAAGGUAAAAGAGCAGCGCAUAACUGAAAUGUGGGUAGUUCUCUGGAUAAUUUUGUGGUGACCUUGUCUGUUUGAGCGGCGAGACUCAAUGAUUCUCGACUUUAAAGCCUUCGCAAUAAGGGCUCUUUCAGGUCUGAGGUUAUGCGAGAGGCCGUGACAAGUCAAAUUAGGGUGUACAGACGGUAUACCCAAAAAUCAAUAUUUUUGUAAGACUCAAUGUGCGAUAACAAUAAAAGGCGGUUUCAAAGACAUGGAAUGAUAUAAUUUAAUUUAAUUUAACUAUUUAUUAAGCACUUAUAUAUUGCCAAUAAAUAUUCGGUCUGGGUUUUAGUAUUAAGUUUUAUCAUAUCAAAAUGUAGCAUUCCAUUCAUAUUUGUUAACAGUAUUCGACAUUAAUAAUUUACCAUUUAUUUUAUUUAGUAAAUAUAAGAAGAACAACAGUAGAAUAACAAAAAAAUGUUGCCAGGUUACAGGUGUUAACAAAAUAUUUUAAAUUAGCAACAUUUGCGAUUUGAAAAUAUAAUGGCUCGACUGGACAAACCAAAUUCUUGAUGAAGCAUUCAUGAUCAUGAUCAUUCAUGAUCUCAUUUCGAAUAAACAUAUAGUUUUCAAACGAAAAAAGUGUCCUAAAUAUAAUUUUUUUUUACUGUGAAACUUAUGUGUCUUGAUAAUAUAUAUCUACCUUCCGUCGCUGCGGUUAUGUAGUCUAAUAUUUGAGUGACACUGAACCUUUUAAAAUGAAUUUUAGGCUUUACGUCACACGAAUAGCAUGGACACCGGUUCCCAAAUCUAUUAGCGUGGCAAUAAUAAUUUAUGUCGCUAUUAAGCUACAUUUUGAUGACCGCAUUAUAUAUCGCACCUUUAAAGUUGAAGUGGCUUAACUAAACAAUUUUAAGAAAACGAGUUUUAUACUUCGAACGACUUAUAGACAUGUAUUCUAACAGCUUAUAAAAUUAAACUGUCUCUUUUAGUUAAAAAAAGGACAAACAUACUCUUUCCGUCUCUUUUAAAUCAACCGCAUACCUUAAGUAUUAAAAUCAAAAAACAAAAAAGUCGCAAUUCUUUAUUUUUUUGAGUUUAUCAAAAAAUAAGAUUUUUUGAUUAAGCCACUUCCAAUUCUAAAGGUGCGAAUUAUUAUAAAAUCAGUUUAAUAAAAAUACUUUUAUAAAACCUUCUUGCCUCGUGUUAACGAAUAGUUUUGGAGUGACCAAAUUGCGUGAGUGAAGACUUAAGCGUUGUUGCCAAAAGUGUACGGUAGAGGGCGAUCGAUCGAUGCACGCGCGUACCUUUGUAUUUUUAACUUAGUCGUUAAUUUCGCGAAUGCCUUCAAAAUUGUCGAAGUUCUGAUACGUUCAGAAUCUCGGGUAACAUCAAAAUUGACUCCAAAAUCAUCAAUGACUUUCCAUGAUUAUUUUUUUCUCAAAAGAGCUUGGAAUGGAGUAGUAGUUAAUCUAAAAAUAAUUAUUUCAUUUUAGUUGGAAUAAAUUGAUCUGCCUGGUGAAUGCAGUAGCAAAGGAAUUUAUAGUAUACACAAUAAUCUGUGCUUAGUGCGAGUUUUUUAACGUUCUCGAUAUCGUAAAAGUUAACUCAAGUUUGUAUGCAGUUGGAACAGCGCCCCUAGCGGCAAACGCAGGCAAGCGUUCCAACUCCAUACAAAUUAGAGUUAACCUUUACGCUAUCGACAAAUUAAAAAAAAUCGCACUAAGCACACUGAUUGAGUACUACGAGUAUACUAGUACUAUUACUGUCUACUAUAAACACAAAGUAUUUAGUAUUGUUGAUAAUAAGUAGCCUUGUAGUCCCGUCGUGGGUAGAUGCAGGUAUAUAUUAGUGGUGCUAGAACCUCUUCUGAGUCCGCACGGGUAGGUACCACCGCCCUGCCUAUUUCUGCCGUGAAGCAGUAAUGCGUUUCGGUUUGAAGGGUGGGGCAGCCGUUGUAACUGUACUUGAGAACUUGGAACUUAUAUGUCAAGGUGAGAGGCGCAUUUACGUUGUAGAUGUCUAUGGGCUCCAGUAACCGCUUAACACCAGGUAGGCUGUGAGCUCGUCUACCCAUCUAAGCAAUAAGAAAAAGGUAGGAUAUUAGGCAGGCUGCUUCUGAAGAAAUAUGCUCUUUAAAGAUGGUACCGAUUAAUUUUGACAUUAACCUCGGAUUCAUCAGUUCGUCAGAAUAUGUAGUUCAGAAUUAAAAGUAAUAUAUCUAAUAUAUUGCAAUCAAUUUGUUAUUCCGGUCGCUAGUGUUAUAUGAAAAUAUUCCAAAAUUUUGAUAAGUAUUACAGAAUUGUUCUGUUAUAUAUAUUUUACAUCAUAUCCAAUACCUUUUGAGUGUAUUUUUUUUCAAACUAAGUAUGAAAUUGUAUCACCCGGUAAUGACUUUUUCUAAAUGAUAGGUAUUUAUCGAAUUUGAGAUGUUAGCCAUAAAAGUUGCCGAUUUGUGUUAUGGUGAAGUUGGAAAAAAUCGUAUAAUUCAAUUCAUUUUGUUAAAAAAUCGUCAAUUAAUUAAUUAAUUAAAUAAUUCAUCAAGGUAAUGAACGUAUUACAACGGAUUGCAAAGAAAACUGUGUAAGACUGAUGAUACCAUGUGAAAAUUUUGACAUUAACGUGUGGAAAAUACGUAUCUCGUCACAUUUGCUUGUAGUGCCUUUAGAUUAGGACAUAGUCGGCACAGCUUUUACCGCAACUUGCACGUGGCUGUUUAGUAGUUAAUUUAAUGGCACAUCAAUGCGAUCUUGAUGGAUUUUACUAGCUCGCGAACACCCGGGCCACACUCUAUAAAACAAUGUUAAGAAACUUUGUGAGCCUAUUUAUGUUUAAUUUAUGAAAAUUUUGUAAAUAUUAUGUAUAUUAAAUUUACAUAGGUUCUUAAGAUGACCAAAUGCGACAGUACGACAGAUUUAUAAAAUCUAGUUGAUAACUUCUCCCAUUUGAUACAAGGGGGCGGGGGUGUUAAAAAUACUUAAAAAUAGUAACAUCGCAUUAUAGUUAUCAUUGUGAACUAGGGUAGUCAGCUGAGGUUGUUCAUAUUAUGAAAACUAGAAUAACGUAGCGUGAACGUGCUACGUAGAUAAGGGGUAAUUUACGUUAUUACGUUUUUAUCACAUAAUUCUCUUUACGAAUUUUCCAUGCAUUAUUGUCAGCCAUAUUGAUGUAAGUACUUACUUCGUAAUACCGCAACAUUUAACUUAAUAUAACCUAUUAGGUUAGGGCCUGCCGCUUAAGAGUCCUCGGUAGGAUGUAGCGGCUUGGUUGACCACGCUUUUUUUUCCUACCUAAGCUGAUAGCUGAUUAUUUCAGCGUAACCUUAGCUAGUAGGUGAGCUCACGGGGCUCAAACCGGAGUGAUGCUAACACUGACCCUAGCAAGAGCAGUGCUUCGCAGAAUCUACCAUCGGAUCGGAAACGCGACCCACUGAGAACAUCCGGCGAGAAUCUCAGUGGGCUGUGUCUGUGGGAUGACCGCUCACCAUCAGGUGGUCUGUACGCUCGUUUGUCUACGAAGCAAUAAAAAUUAGGAAUUCUUACAAUAUCAAAUUACCAUAUCAGUAUGUAAUUUUGUAUUUAGCAAAAUAUGUAACAUUUUACUUCUUUUUUUUAUUAGAUUUUAUAUAUUGUUUGGGAAAUAUAGGCUGUACGUUAUUAUAGGUAUUUUUAAAUAUUGCAACACUAAAAA